AUGGCGCCCUCCGGUGACGGCAGGCCUGUCAGUGGCGGCGGGUUCAGUGAAAAUGGCAAAUUCAGCUACGGGUAUGCUAGCUGUCUCGGGAAGAGAUCGUCCAUGGAGGACUUCCAUGAGACCAGAAUUGAUGGUGUCGAUGGUGAGACCGUUGGAUUGUUCGGUGUCUUCGAUGGUCAUGGUGGGGCUCGGGCAGCAGAGUUUGUCAAGCAAAACCUGUUCAGCAACUUAAUUAAGCACCCGAAGUUCUUCACCGACACCAAGUCUGCUAUUGCUGAAACUUUCACCCGCACGGAUUCAGAACUCCUGAAAGCCGAUACCACCCACAAUCGGGACGCAGGGUCAACGGCUUCCACGGCCAUUCUUGUAGGCGAUCGCCUCGUGGUGGCGAAUGUUGGGGAUUCUAGGGCGGUCAUUUGUAGAGGUGGUGAUGCUAUAGCGGUGUCAAGGGACCAUAAGCCUGAUCAGACGGAUGAGAGGCAGAGGAUAGAGGAUGCUGGAGGUUUUGUCAUGUGGGCAGGAACAUGGCGUGUAGGCGGCGUCCUUGCCGUUUCUCGCGCAUUCGGUGACAAACUGUUGAAGCAGUACGUGGUUGCCGAUCCAGAGAUCAAGGAGGAGGUGGUCGACAGCUCUCUGGAGUUCCUCAUCCUCGCCAGCGAUGGGCUGUGGGACGUCGUCACCAACGAGGAAGCUGUUGCCACGGUGAAGCCGAUUGUUGACUCGCAGGAGGCUGCCAAGAAGCUCCUCGUGGAGGCUACGCAGAGGGGCAGCGCCGACAACAUCACCUGCGUCGUCGUCCGUUUCCUGGACCAGCAGCCUAGCCCGACCACCACCGCCGCCUCCACUGAUCGACCCUCCUGGCAGCUAGCUCCUUUUGCCGUGGCUAAAGAAGUAGCUGAUGUUUACAACUUAUUUGAUCAUCUUGCUCUAGUUGUCACCACGGUUGUGUCUGCUAGUAAUCGAAAUGAUGAAUUGCAUGCUCAUCAAGUUGCUGAAAUGGAGAAUCUAAUUGAGCAUAGCAAUACUGAAACUGGAAGGGGUGCUAAUCAAGUUCAGGUACUUCACCCGCAGCACGAGCAAAGGCUAACGGUGCUGUUAUGCAAAUGA